AUGGUUGGAUGCCUAUUCCUCAAGCUAUACCACAAAACUGUCCAAAUGGACUCCAGUAUCUUUCUACAAUUAAUCAAUUACUUGUUAAACAGCAAGUAGAAAUUAUAGAAGCCUUAUUAGGGUUUGAGACCAACAACAAGUAUACAAUUAAAAAUAAUGUUGGUCAAAAAGUAUUUUAUGCUGUCGAAGAUAAUGAUUGUUGUACACGAAAUUGCUGUGGGCCAAUACGACCAUUUGAAAUGAAAAUCUUGGAUAACUAUAAAAAUGAAGUUAUACAUUUAUCAAGGCCUUUAGCUUGUCAAUCUUGCCUUUUUCCUUGCUGUUUACAGAGUAUUGAAGUAUUUUCUCCACCCGGGUGUUUGGUUGGAAUCGUUGAACAAGAUUGGUCAAUUUUAACACCAAUGUUCACCAUUCGUAAUGCAGCUCAUGAAGAAGUAUUAAAAAUCGAAGGACCAAUAUGCCGAUAUAGUAUUUGCGGUGGAGAUGUUGAAUUUAAAAUAUUAUCUAAGGACAAAACCACUGUAGUUGGCCGUAUAUCCAAACAAUGGUCUGGACUCUUGAGGGAAGUAUUUACUGAUGCCGAUUUCUUUGGUAUUUCUUUUCCUAUAGAUCUUGAUGUCCGUAUGAAAGCUGUUAUGCUAGGAGCUUGUUUUUUGAUAGAUGUUAUGUUCUAUGAAAAACGAGGAAAUGUAGAAGAUGAUGGAAUUGGACUUUGUUAACUCCCAUUAUAUUAUGUAUAAUAUUUUACUUUAUAAUCACAAUGAAAAUCAUGCAGUUAUUUGUUACUAUUUUAGCUUUAAAUAAUUAAAUUUAAAAUGUUGAAUCUAUGAAUCUUUACAUAAAACAUUUUUUUUUAAAAAUAUUUUUUGAUACAUUCUAGUUUGUGAAAAACAGUUUGAAAACAAACAUAGUUCAUAUUUUUUUAAUUGUAAAAAGAUACCUACCAUAAUUUCAUAAUAUUUGUUUUUAAAUUGUUGCUUCACUAGUUUGAAUAAUGUGAUUCUCUGUGUCAUAUAAGAAUAACUUUGGGUAACAACCAAUUUGUGCCCCUUGAUUAAAUCGGUUCUCGUUGUUACCCUGGCACUUGGAUAAUGCAGCCAUACCCAUUCAAUUGCCUCUGCGGGCGCAGAAGCCUUUCACCUGAGAUUAUUAUUGAUAUUCUUAACUAUAAAACAGUAUAAUUAUAUCCAAGUCUAGGCAUUAAAUAAUUGAGAGUUCAAAAUCAAAAAGUAAACUGUAGUUUUAUUUUUUCGUAAUUUCAUAUUUAUUUAACUCCAAACUUAUUUUUUACUUUUUCUUGGAAUAUCACUUGAUUGUUGUAUUAAGUUGCGUUAAGAGUACUUUUCGAGUGCAAACAAUUUUUCUAGUUCAGUCACAUGACAUAUACCCCCUUCCACUACUAUAAUCUGACUGCUGUUGCCUAUUGUGCAGGAAUGCUGCUAUUGCUUCUAUUUGUAGUAAGUUUUCCAGUUGAUAGUUGCAUUUCAGUAUGUUCAUACAAUAUUAACAUAAUAAUAUUAUAAACAUAUGCUUUACAGCUGUUGAGAGACUGAUUUGACACUGUAAAAUAAACCUAUUAAGUGGUAAAGGUAAUAGGCCCAACGGCGUCUUGUGUAGUAUACUGCUGAUAAGUACUCUUACAUAAAUGGACUAAAGUACACGUGUAUGCUAAGAAUAACAUAAUGUUAUACAUGCUUUAAUUGAGAUUAUUGAAGAUAUUUCAGUGAAUCCUAGUCAGUAUUAUUUAAUUAUACAACAUGUCUGUAAAUUGUUUACAAAAUACAUUAAGAUAACUUUUACCAUUUUUUCAAAAUUAUUUAUUGAAGGUGUAUUUUUAUAGCCAAAUAACUUAUUUUAAUUUAAUUUAAUUACCAUAUAUUUUUUCAUCAAACAAAAAAUAUAUAUGUAUAAGUGAAAAAAAUGUUGUUGUAUAAUAUGAAUUAAUAUUCAUUAGCCAUUUAUUAGUUGUGAAUAUUAAUUUACUUUAUUUAAAAUGUAAUAAUUUAUAUUAUGCUUUCAUAUUGUAUUUUUUUUUCAUUUUUAUUUUAUUUUGCUAAAACUGAUUUGAUUGAAGUGCACAAUUAUUUGUAACUAAUAAUUUGUAUGCUAUUAUAAGUUAUUACUAUUAUAAUGUAAUAUCUAAUUUUAAAUCUAAAUUAAUAUUUAUUUUUAUAUAAAAUAUUUUAUUAACUAAUAUCUUUAUUAUAGCACAUACUAUGCACUUAAUGAUACUUGACAUGACAUGACAUGACAUGACAGUAUAUCUAAUAUGCUAUGUAUUUUUUUAUGCUUAUGCUCUAUAUUUGUUGGUGUUUGAUUAAAUAUAUUAUUUGUUAUGCUCAUCAA